AUGGACUACACUGGAGGACUCAGCCCUGAAGAGAUUCGCCGAAUUGACCGAAUAAUGGAUUUGGAAUGGAUGGAAUUCGCUGAAGGUUGGGAGUGGCAUGCACUGAAUUAUGUGAACCCUCUUCCUUCCAUGAUACCUUAUCCGUCUUACUGUGUCAGUCGUCGAUGUGGAUGGUGUCGCUUUACGAUCAAGCCCGGCGACCUCAUCACAGCCAGAGCAUCUGGUGGUACUGAAACCGUUGCUUUUGAAUCGUGCGAUUACUUCAACGAUGAAAAAUUGCACGCAACUUUCAGGCGCUGCACAAGUGAUCACGAGUCAUGUGCGACAAUCGGAUAUCACGUUGAAUGCUCCGAGAUAGCUUCAUCAUUCGGGCUUGAUAAGAGAGCCUUUGUGCAAGUUGCUCGAUAUUCUUACGAGCCCACAGUUCAAGAAGAUGAGCGGCGACGGGAGUGGGUUUUGAACCACUUGCACCGGAUCAUGAGUGAAAAGUUCACAAAUCUACCACCAGAGAUACUGUUGAUGGUGAGCAAACAUCUGGUUCUUCACUAUGCGAUAGCUUCACUAUCUCAUGUCUCUCGGUCGAGGCAACGCGCGAUCGAGCCAUUGAAGGAUAUAUGGGCUACUCAUUUCAACCUGGACGGAAUUGAGUAUAUAGCUUCCUUGUCGAAUACUCCAAAGCCUGGAGGCCGCUUACUCUGGAGAGAGUUUAAGAGUCAGGAAGAGAACUUUCUUUUCAUUUCAGAAGAUCAUCUCGGUAUUCGACAGAUCAUUAAUGAUCCUGGAGCUGUUACAUCGGAGCAAGGUCACUCAGGCUGGUGGCGAACACUCCCUAUCACCAGCAAAUUCCUCUCAUUCUCUGACGAUGGUCUCAAAUUGCGAAGUUUCGCUGCCGCUCCGUUGAAUCCCACCAUUUGUUGGCCGUAUCCCAUGGCCCCGGAUGCGUUGAAGAACAUGGCUUACCACGUCACAAAAGACUCAUCUUCAAGUCUUGGCAUGACUAUAGAAGCUCGCAUGGUUGCUUUGGAGUUCAACGAGCCUGAGAUCACGGGAUAUUCUGCUUGUUGGUACAAGGGCCGGCUGGUCGAUCUUCAUACGCACAAGGCUGAAGAGUCCUUGGCCUUUUAUUGUGAGCUGGACGGAAUGGCGAAGCAACAGUUGGCCAAGGAAAAGUCAGUUGAUUCGACCGCAAUUUCAUCCCCUCAUUGGACUUACCAUCCGCUGAAUCCCGGAGAACACGUCGAGCAAGUCUGGUUGCGCACAAAGAAGGAAGCAGACGAGAAGGACACAAGUGAAGAUGAAAGAAGACCAAAGACAUCAAAUACUGCCACUGAGACUGCUAUUUCGCUGGUCACUAAUCAGUCCCGAACCCUUACCAUGGGAGGAAACAGCUCAAUACACAGCGAGUGGAAAUGCGUAUCCAAAGACUCAACGGAAAUCCCAAUGCUAGUGUACUUCAGCCCUCGUCUUGGGGGCAUUUCUUUGUUCGCAUCACCGACUGUGAAAGGAAGUGAUAAAGAGACCUCACCAGCAGGACUGAAACCCGAACCUGAAACAGAUCUUGUUGAGGUCCCAGAAGUCUCACUCGAUGCUGUGGGAGAAGUUCAGAUCUGCAGAGAACAAUUUGAUAAAGGGAUUAGUUCAAUAUCCGGCCUAUUGUUUCGAUAUAAAGAUAGAAGCCAGGCAUGUGUGGGCAAGUUUCGCUUCGAUCAUGCGAGAGAAGUUGUGUCUGUUGCCGAUUCGAACUGCUUCUAUCUCGGUACCAGACACUUGGAUCAAGAUAACCGAGUCUUGGGGGAGCUCUGUUUAUCGAAGCCAGAGUAUGACGAUGAAUCUCUGGAGUGGAAGAGUUCUCUGUGGAAGGGAAGUUUUCCGCGGGAUAUAUUGCUAUUAAUGGAGAGUUAA